AUGAAUUCUUCUACUAGAACUAGUAAUAAACCCACGUCAUCAUUAUCUUCAGGAGGAGCUAUUCAAAAACCAAAAGAAAAACCAAGCACCGUGAAAUUCCUCUCGUCACGGCCUCUACGUGACCCAGAUUAUUUUUCGUUCCCCGUGGCAGCUCAGCAAAAACAAAAACAAGGUAUUUCAGAUUUUCGAAAUUCUAGCAUCUCUCUCUCUCUGUAAUUUAUUUUCUAGUCAACAAAAAAGUGAGCCAAAAAAUGAUGGAAAUUGAGCAAAAAGAAGGCGAUUUUGGAAGAUUGGUUUGGAUUUCGGAUCCAGUGGAUGGUUUUGUGCUCGCAAGAAUCAGGGAUAUUUCACAGGAUGGUUUUGAGUUGCAAAUUGAGAAGAGUGGAGAAAUGGUAGGGAUUUGGAGAGCCUUGGAAGCUUCUAGACCUAAUUUUCAAGUUCCAGAAGCUUCUAGACCUAGUUUUGAAGCUUCAGAUUCUUCUAGACCUAAUUUUGAAGCUUCAGAAGCUUCUAGACCUAAUUUCUAAAAGUGAACAGUGACGAAGCACACAAAAAUCGUCUGCAAUUGCGCGUCAAUUCAUGUGUUUGUCGAAAGUGUGUGAAUUUUCAUUGUUUUUCACGUUUUUCAAGCCAAAACCGUGAAAUUUUGAAUUUUCAAGAACUUUUUCAUGAUUAUUGAGUGAAAAAGGAGCAGAUUGAUAUAUUUUAUGUUGUGUUUUCGAAAUAUUGCUCACGUUAAUUUUGAAAACGCUGAAAAUUGCUUAUUUCAAGAUUUCUAAUCACAGAAUCUUCUCCUUUUUCAUUUUGUGUGGUAAUUAUGCCCUAAAUUCAGUUUUUUGCUUGAAAAGGCUGAAAAACGAGAAAAACACACAGAAAAUUCAAACGUGCCGCUUGUUCGCUAGAGCGCGUUUGCCUCCGAAGCUCCCAAAACUAUUCGAAAUCAAUUUUUCCCCAAUUUCCAGGUCAAACGAAAAUACGACGAGACUUUUGCUUGCGAAGAUGAUCUCAACAAAUCUGUCGAAGACAAUUGCGCUCUAAUGCACUUGAAUGAGGCAACUUUGUUAGCAAAUUGUAAAAAGCGAUAUGAAAAUCAGAAGAUUUAUGUGAGUUUUUUCUAAGGAUCUUAAGGACUUACCCUAACUCUAACCCUAUUUUCAGUCAUAUGUUGCCAAUAUUUUGAUCUCAAUCAAUCCCUACGAACAAAUCCAGGAUUUCUACGGCCCGGCCCAAAUCCAGGCCUAUCGCGGCAAAUCCUUAGGUCAAAAAGAGCCCCAUAUUUUCGCGAUCGCCGAUAAAUCCUAUCGCGAAAUGCGUCGUCAUCAAACAUCGCAAAGCAUCAUUGUGUCGGGUGAAUCGGGAGCCGGAAAAACCGAGUCGCAAAAAGCGGUGCUCAGAUAUUUGUGUGAGAAUUGGGGAGAGCGUUCGGGACCCAUUCAGCAACGUCUUCUCGAGACCAACCCGAUUUUGGAGGCUUUUGGAAACGCCAAAACCCUACGCAACAAUAAUUCGUCGCGUUUCGGAAAGUUUGUGCAAAUUCAUUUUUCCGACGCCGGAAAUGUUGCUGGCGGAUUCAUUUCGCAUUAUUUGCUGGAGACUUCGAGAAUUUGUAGACAAUCGGAAGGCGAGAGAAAUUAUCACAUUUUUUAUCAAUUGAUUGCCGGCGCGAGCAAGGAUUUGUAUGAGCAUUUGAAGUUGGCGCAAGCCGGAGCGUUUAAUGUGAGUUAAGCAGUCCCAAAAUUCUCUGCUUCUCUACGUCUCUCACAGAAUUUACAGCGAGAGAUAAAUAAGCAGUCCCAAAGAGUAUUUUCACUUUGGGACUGCUUACUUUUAAGCAGUCCCAAAAAUCUCUGCUUCUCUGCGUCUCUCAUAAAAUCUACAGCGAGAGAUAGUUAAGCAGUCCCAAAGAGUAUUUUCACUUUGGGACUGCUUAUUUUUAAGCAGACACAAAUGUCUCUGUUUCUCUGCGUCUCUCACAGAAUCUACAGCGAGAGAUAGUUAAGCAGUCCCAAAGAGUAUUUUCACUUUGGGACUGCUUAUUUUUAAGCAGACACAAAUGUCUCUGUUUCUCUGCGUCUCUCAAAAAAAUCUACAGCGAGAGAUAGUUAAGCAGUCCCAAAGAGUAUUUUCACUUUGGGACUGCUUAUUUUUAAGCAGACACAAAUGUCUCUGUUUCUCUGCGUCUCUCACAGAAUCUACAGCGAGAGAUAGUUAAGCAGUCCCAAAGAGUAUUUUCACUUUGGGACUGCUUAUUUUUAAGCAGACACAAAAUUAUCUAUUUCUCUGCGUCUCUCAUGAAUUAGCAUGCAAAAGAUAGUUAAGCAGUCCCAAAGAGUAUUUUCACUUUGGGACUGCUUAUUUUUAAGCAGUCCCAAAGUUUGUGUCUGCUUAUUCUUGAAAAAACCUCCAGAACUCCAGUAUUGCUCAUUUUAUACCACAUAUCUUACAGUAUCUUCGCCACGGUUCAACAACUCAUUUUGGCACUGGUCCAAAUGAAACUCGCGAUCCAAUGGUCAACGACAAGCAAGACCUUCUGCGUCUCUCAAAAUCACUCACUCUCUCGGGAAUCGGUGAAAAAGAGCAGACGUUUAUCUGGGAAACAAUUGGCGGAAUUUUGCACUUGGGAAAUGUGGAAUUUGAGGAAAAUGCGGCGGAUUCACGGGGUGGUUCGAAGAUUACGGCAGAAAGCGAGACGAGUUUGGCGAACUCGGCAAGAUUGUUGGGUUUGGAGGUGGAGGAGAUGAAAUUGGGAUUGUGUGCGAGGAUUAUGCAGGCGACGAAAGGUGGUGUUAAAGGAACAUUGAUUAGAGUUCCAUUGAAGGUGAGUUAGCCUAACUUUUUUCAAUUUUUAAAGAAAUUUUACAGAAUUUUUUAUCGAUUUUUUCAAUUUUUCUGAAAUCCCUCCCCAAAAAACUCACCAAUCGCUUCUAUUUCUCAAAUUCCAAUCAAAAUCCUUGCGAAAUCCGAAAUUCUCCAUUGAAAUCCAAUUGUCCAUCAACAUUUCGAGCUGAAAAUCAGAAAAUUUGAAUUUUUAAUUGAAUUCUUGACUGAAAUUCACUGAUUUUCCCCGGAAAACUGAAAACGCAGCGAAAAGAAAAACGAAAAAUGAAAAUAUUCUCGUGUUGCGCUAAACAGCGGGCAAGCGCGCUCCGCGGAGUGUCGUUGUAAAAGAAGCGAGCGCGCUUGCUCGCUGUUUAGCGCAACACGAGAAUAUUUUCAUUUUUCGUUUUUGUUUCGCUGACUUUUUUAAAACUUUUUUUCAAGAUAAUCCUCAAUUAUCCAAAUUUACUCUCAAAAUUCGUUGUAUAAUCAGGUUUAUCAGUAGAGCGCCAUUUCUUCUUUUCAAUAUUUUUUUCGAAAUUCCCCAUUCUCCCUCAAAAAUCCUCAAUUUUAUAGCCACACGAAGCUGCUGCUGGUCGAGAUGCUCUUGCAAAAUCAAUCUACUCGAAACUGUUUGAUUGGCUCGUCGAAAAUGUGAACAAAAGUAUCCCGUGCGAACAAACAAAUUCGAAAUUCAUUGGAGUUUUGGAUGUGGCCGGCUUCGAAUUCUUCGCCGUCAAUUCUUUCGAACAAUUUUGCAUCAAUUUUUGCAAUGAAAAAUUGCAAAACUUUUUCAACGAGCGCAUUUUGAAGCAGGAGCAAGAGUUGUAUUUGGCGGAAGGGCUGAAUAUUCAAAAAAUUGAAUUCUCCGACAAUUUGGAUUGUAUUGAGUUGUUUGAGAAGCGAGCUGUUGGAUUGUUUGAUUUGUUGGAUGAGGAGGCGAAGUUGCCAAGAGCUACACCACAACAUUUUACACAACGUGCUCAUGAGGCGAAUGCCAAGCAUUUCCGAUUGGAUGUAGGUGUUUUGGAGGGAAACAUUGGAUUUUUCAUGAAAUUUUGGGUCGGGAGAGCUGAAAGUCCGUGAAAACAAGCCAAAACCGUAUAAGCAGUCCCAAAUUUCUCAUAAGCAGUCCCAAAAUCUCAUAAGCAGUCCCAAAUUGCUCUCUUUCUCUGUGUCUCUCAUAAAAGUGCAUGCAAAGAGAUGAAUAAGCAGUCCCAAACUUUGGGACUGCUUAACUAUCUCUCGCUAUGAGAGACGCAGAGAAGCAGCGUAUUUUGGGACUGCUUAUACAUUUUUCAAUUGAACUUCAGUGGAAAAUUUGAUUUUUAAGAAAAAUACGGUUUUUUCUGCUGAAAAUCCCUUAUUUACAGCUCAAAAAUCAUCAGAAUUUGGGAAUUCUAACAAAAUUUCAUUGAAAAUUGAAAAAUAUUGCUGAAAAACUUUGAAUUUUCCGUAAUUUCCAGAUUUCUAGUUUUAAAAUGUGCUUUUUCUCAUGGAAAUCGGAAGCAACCCUGAAUUUUAGCUGAAAAUCACAAAAUUCAACAUAAGCAGUCCCAAAUUGCUCUCUUUCUCUGUGUCUCUCAAAAAACCUACGGCGAGAGAUAGAUAAGCAGUCCCAAAGAGUAUUUCAACUUUGGGACUGCUUAUUUUUAAGCAGACACAAAUUUCUCUGUUUCUCUGCGUCUCUCAAAAAAUGUACAGAGAGAGAUAGUUAAGCAGUCCCAAAGAGUAUUUUCACUUUGGGACUGCUUAACUAUCUCUCGCUGUAGAUUUUUUGAGAGAAGCAGAGUAUUUUGGGACUGCUUAUGAGAUUUUUGCUGCAUUUUCACGGAUUUUUAACUCUCCUGACCCAAAAUUUAAUGAAAAAUCCAAUUUUCUCUCUUAAAAGCCUGGGAUUUUGACGGAGAAGUGCGAAAAAUAUGAAUUUCUUGCAGACCCCUCGAAAAUCAAAAAUCCGUGCACACCGUGAAAUGCGAGAUGAUGAAGGUUUGCUGAUUCGUCACUAUGCCGGCUCAGUUUGCUAUGAAACUCGCUAUUUUGUCGACAAAAAUAAUGAUCAACUUCAUAAUUCGCUUGAAAUGCUCAUUGAGCAAAGUUCCUCUCCAAUAAUGGUGUCCUUGUACACCCAGGAGCCAUCAAAUCAACCAAAAACUGGUGGAAAAUUGAAGGCGGCAAGUGUGGGAAGCAAAUUCAAAUCGCAACUCUUGGUGCUGCUCGAAAAAUUGCAAAAAACUGGCACACAUUUUGUGCGAUGCGUUAAACCGAAUAAUGAGAUGAAAGCCUGGAAAUUUGAUGGUUCCUCGAUUUUUGGACAAUUGGAAUGUGCUGGAAUGACAUCGGUGCUCAAAUUGAUGCAACAAGGUUUUCCAAGUCGCACCAGUUUCCAGGAGCUCUAUCAAAUGUAUCAGCCAAUUUUGCCAGCAAAUUUGGCUCGUUUGGAAUCCCCGCCUGUUUUCGAAAUGCCUCUUCCGCGCGCUGGGUUUGAAUUCGCAAGAUUAUCAAUUCGGGUUGACCAAGGUGUUCUUCCGCGCCGGAAAGUUUGCGGAAUUUGAUAAAUUGAUGAGACAAGAUCCGGAAACUAUGCAGGAAUUGAUUGGAAAAGUGAGAGAGUGGUUGGUGAAGGCGAGAUGGAGAAAAGCGCAAUAUGGAGCAUGGAGUGUAUUGAAAUGUGAGUGAUCGGGGAAGAAGCAGACAGCUAGAGACAGAUAGGGACGCAGAAAUCUUAUAAACAGACACAAAAAUCUCCGCUUCUCUGCGUCUCUCACAAAAUCUACAGCGAGAGAUAAAUAAGCAGUCCCAAAAUGCUCUGCAUCUCUGUGCCUCUCACAAAACAUACGGCGAGAGAUAAAUAAGCAGUCCCAAAGUGAAAAUACUCUUUGGGACUGCUUAACUAUCUCUCGCUGUUGUUUUUGUGAGAGACGCAGAGAAGCAGAGACAUUUGUGUCUGCUUAAAAAUAAGCAGUCCCAAAAAGUAUUUUCACUUUGGGACUGCUUAUUUAUCUAUCGCUGUUGAUUUUUUGAGAGACGCAGAGAAGCAGAUUUUUGGGACUGCUUAUUUUUCUACUUUUCAAAAAAAGUAUCUUUCGCCCCCAGGCAACUUUUUUUUGAAAUCUGAUAGCCCUCUUUUUUUGGCGCCCGAAAAAUCUCUAUUUUUCAGUGAAAAACAAGAUUUUGUAUCGCCGCCAACAAAUAUGCAAAAUUCAAAGUGUUAUUCGAGGAUAUUUGGUCAGAAAGCGAUUCCAAAAAAGGUGGGUUCUCUCCAAAUUUUUUCUGCGCUCUCUCAAUUUCUCACACUCUCUCACAUUUAGUUUAUUUAGAAUUCUACUCGAUUUUUCCGGGAAAACAAUACAUUUUCAAUUUUCACACGUUUGUUGUUUUUUUGAGCUCACAGCUCUCAAAAAUUGGAUUUUCCUUUCAGCAAAAGCAAAAAAAAUGUCAGAAAAAUUCGCGGAAUUAAGUCAAGCCAUUUAUGAGCAUCUAAUUUGCUUCGUUGUUUUUUUGUGCUGCUCUUUUUUUUUCUUCUGUGGGCAUACAUGAAAAAAUGAGCACAAAAAGAGCCGAGCCCCUCAAUUUUCUCAUUCUCAUUCACAUUUUUUUUUCUCAAUUUUUUCCGCGGUCAUUUUUUUUCUGAGAACAUUAUUUGUUUUAUCUCCUAGGCAUUUUUCUGGGAAUUUUUUUUGUUGUGCGAAAAAAUCGCAUUAAUUUUGCCAUAUUCAAAAAUAUAUCUAUUCCUAGGCAACAAUGAGAAAAUUUUGAAAAAAAUAGGCAGUCCCAAAAAUCUCUGCUUCUCUGCGUCUCUCAUGAAUUCUACAGCGAGAGAUAGUUAAGCAGUCCCAAAGUGAAAAUACUCUUUGGGACUGCUUAACUAUCUCUCGCUGUAGAUUCUGUGAGAGACGCAGAGAAACAGAGAUUUUUGGGACUGCUUAAAAAUAAGCAGUCCCAAAGUGAAAAUAUUCUUUGGGACUGCUUAACUAUCUCUCUCUCUCUGUACAUUUUUUGAGAGACGCAGAGAAGCAGAGAUUUUUGGGACUGCUUAUUUAUUUUCAAAUCGCACGCCUUCUUUUUUUUACCUCCUCAUAAAAUUCAUCUAUGUAUUGUUGCCCAUUUUUUCAGCCUCUUGGGAUUUUUCCUCGUUUUUUUCAGUUUUUUGAGAAAAUUGCAUUCCUCCUCCUAUUUUUAGAGCACCGGAGACAAGAUUUGCAAUUAUUUCUCUCCAUAGUUUUUUUUGCUGAAAACACUUGAAAAUUGUGAUUUUUCCCUAGAAAUGGAAAGAUUAUCCUAAUCUUUUGGGGGAAAAUUGGAUUUUUCGAGCGAAAAUCGUUUUUUUUUGUGAAAAAACAAGGAAACCAUGGCCGUGGUCUAGAAAUCGACAGCGUUUUCUAGGCCACGCUUUUUUCUUCGAAAAUUUUCAUCUCCCAUUUUCAGCUUUAAAACCAGUUAUUUUCCAGUGGAACAGCACAAAAACAAAAUUUUCGAAAAAAAACAUGUCUGUGGCCUAGAAACCGACAGUAUUUUCUAGACCACGCUCAUUUUUUUUCGAAAAUUUUCGUUUCACAUCAUUUUCAGCCCUGAAACAGGUUUUUCUUGCAGAAUUGCAAUUUAUCGUCGAGCAUGUGCACUUCUUGAGCAAUCUCGUGAAAUGACUGAUGUGAGUUUGGAGCUUAAGCCCAGGCCUAACCCUAAAAGCCUAAAAAGCCCAUGAAAAUUCCAUUUUUUCCAGAUUUUGGGUCGUCUAAAUGAAUCAAGCAAGCAAAAAUGGGAAUCGACAGCUUCCUCAACAUCUUCCGAACUCGAAAAUCUUGUCUCAACCAUCAAAUCGACUGAAAUCGAAGCGGAAAUUGAUCGAGCUGUCAAAAAAUAUGAGGAAUGUGUGAAAAAAGUCGACUCGAUCAUUGCCGAUUUGAAAUCGCAACUCGAAACCGACGAGUUGGCCGAAAUGCAAAGAAAACGUGCCGAACUUGCGGAAAAGGAGCGUAGAGAGCAAGAGGAACGAGAGACGGUAGAGAAGGAGAGACAAGUGUAAGUGCGCUCUGUUGAGAACCCGCUUCUUUUAUGAAAAAUUCAAAUUUUGCAGUCGUCGCAAGAUGGAAGAGGAACGUGAGAGAGCGCAACGUGAAUACGAGGCACAAUUGGAGAAGCAGAAGGCGGUGGAGGCGGAAGCGGAAGCGGCGGAAAAUGCGAGACGCGAAAAGGAGUCGCGUGAACGCUUGGAUGGGCUGGUCUCGACACGAUUGGCAAAAUCUGAUGGAAUUCAGUUGAUUCAACAGGAGCAUGUGGUGGCUGCUGCACAGCAAGCGUGAGUUUUUCGUGUCAGCAAGCAUUUUUGGUAGCCUAUCAAAUAUAGGCUUUCUUGGGCUCAAAAUGAUCAAAAUCAAUAAUUUUAGGUCAAAAUCAGCCAACUCCAACUCGAAAUACGAUCUCUCCAACUGGAAAUAUGCGGAUCUUCGUGAUGCGAUUAAUACAAGCAAUGGUAAGAGUUUUUUCUCUGCGUCUCUAACAGAAUCUACAGCGAGAGAUAGUUAAGCAGUCCCAAAGAGUUUUUUCACUUUGGGACUGCUUAUUUUUAAGCAGACACAAAAUUCUCUGUUUCUCUGCGUCUCUCAUCAAAUCUACAGCGAGAGGUAAAUAAGCAGUCCCAAAGAGUAUUUUCACUUUGGGACUGCUUAUUUUUAAGCAGACACAAAAUUCUCUGCGUCUCUCGCAGAAUCUACAGCGAGAGAUGGUUAAGCAGUCCCAAGGAGUAUUUUCACUUUGGGACUGCUUAUUUUUAAGCAGACACAAAAUUCUCUGUUUCUCUGCGUCUCUCAUAAAAUCUACAGCGAGAGGUAAAUAAGCAGUCCCAAAGAGUAUUUUCACUUUGGGACUGCUUUUUUAUCUCUCGCCGUAUGUUUUGUGAGAGACGCAAAGAUGCAGAGUAUUUUGGGACUGCUUAAGUUUGGGACUGCUUAUUUAGCCCCGCCCCCUUUCUAAGCCCCGCCCACUUUUCUGCAAUUUUCAGACAUGCAAUUAUUGGUGGCAUGCAAAGAGGAAUUCCAUCGCCGCCUUCGUAUCUACAACGAGUGGAAGACUAAAAAUGCGGGAGCCGCCAAAAAUUUGGCGCCACAAAUUUUGGGCUCCGCCACGUCAUCAUCUGCCACACAAAUGCGCCCCACUCUAAAUCCAGCUUUGACUCAACAGAGAUAUUUCAAAAUGGCUUUCGCCGUCCAAAACACUGUGAAAAUGCAAUCGGGAUUGUGCUAUGCGCAUUUCAAUGGGCAAUAUAUUCAGCGACAAGUCACGUUGAUUCCACAACAGAAGCCGCAAUUGAUGGUGGCUGGUGAGUAUUUUUUAGUUUUUUUUUGGAUUGCUCAUGUUAAGCAGAGCAUUUUGAGUGGAAAUUUGCGGAAAAUUGAUCUAGAACUCUUAAUUAACAUGAGCAAUCCUAUAAUUUUUGUGAAUUUUUUCAGGAAAAGACGAUUUGCGUAUGAUUGACUUGCCAUUGGAACAAACGGGUUUAUUGCGUAAAAAGGGUGCCGAAAUUUCGGCGACGGAUUUUGAUACAAUCUGGCAACAUUAUGGUGGACAACCAGUCACCAAAUGGACACCUUGA